CCGAACCCAUAGGGCCAGCAGAUUCUGCCCCCAAACCUGUCCAACCAGUUGUCUGGGAAGAGGGGGCACCUUGGGAGGAGCUGCAGGAGGUGCCCGAAGCUGCCGCCUCAAUCCCCCCCCCAACCCCCCGGCAGUCAGCGGAGGCUCGGGGGCGCUGCGGACAGACCCUGGGACAGACAGACUGUCGGACGCUCGGCCUGGCCAUGGGGCUCGGUGGGGGUCGGUAUCGGCUGCUGCCGCUGUUGCUGCUGCUGACCGUCCUCCAGUGGGGGACAGGCCUGGAGCGCAUCAGCUAUGUACCCCAGCUCGCAAGCCCCACCCUGGCAGGGACACUCACCCAGUCUACCUUCACGCUGGAGCAGCCAACGGGCCAGUUCAGUCACCUCAACAUCUCUGACUUGGACGCCAUCUGGCUGGUGGUGGCCCACAGCAACGCCACCCCGAACUUCACUGCCCCACGGAGGGUGGAGGACAUCCCAGCCCCCGCUGACUUCACCCAGAGGGGCUACUACCUCACGCUGAUGGCCCACCGGUCACUCUACCUGGGCAACCAGACUGGGAACCAGCUCCGGGUCCUCCGCGUUGGCAAUGAUACCAGCUGCUUCCCGGCCAAACGGGGCUGCAACGCGCCCCUGCCGGGCCCGGGCCCCUACCGAGUGAAGUUCCUGGUGAUGAGGGACAGGGAACCUGUGGCUGAGACAGAGUGGUCCAGUAAGACCCGCCUGCAGCAAGCUGAGGCACUGCAGGCUGCCCCAGGGCCCCAAAGCGCGGGCACCGUGGUCAGCAUUGCCAUUUUGUCCGUCCUGCUGGCUGUCCUCCUCACUGCCCUCCCUGCUCUGCUCAUCUACACCUGCUAUGACACCCGUGGGAGCACUCCCAUUUCGGGCCCUGAGCAGUCGGUGUGCGUGAGAAGAUAUGACACCCACCACGUGAUCAGCCUUCCGGCCGUGGGGGACUCCAGCCUACAGAUCCUGGGCUGGGGGCACGCCCUACCUUUUCUGGAGCCCCGGGGAGGAGAGUGCUUCCAAGUGAGGGUGGGGGGAGGGUGUCCUUAGCGCCAAAUUGGGCCUGUCUUUGUCAGAAAUAAAUGUCCCCAACACCCCC